GUCUCCAGACCACAGAGGAUGCCAAGUUCUACGCCCUUUCCGCCAGGUUUAAGCCAUUCAGCAAUGAGAAUGAGACCUUGGUGGUUCAGUUUUCAGUAAAACAUGAGCAGGGCAUCGAUUGCGGCGGUGGGUAUGUGAAACUCUUUCCUGCCACGCUGAACCAGGAGGAUAUGCACUCAGAAUCCCAGUAUUACAUCAUGUUCGGCCCAGACAUCUGUGGCUUUGGCAACAACAGACUACAGGUCAUCCUUUAUCACCGAGGGAAAUACCAUGAGAACAACAAGACCCUCAAGUGCAGGAUUAAUAAAGACACUCACUUGUACACACUGAUCCUUCGCCCUAAUGCUACUUACGAGGUGAAAAUUGACAAUGAGAAGGUGACAGGAGGAGAACUGGAAGCUGACUGGGACUUCUUGCCUCCCAAGAAAAUAAAAGACCCCUACGCCAGGAAACCGAGGAAAUGGGACGAACGGCUUCAGAUAGAGGAUCCUGAAGAUAAGAAACCUGAGGACUGGCAGGACUCUGAAUUCAUCCCAGACCCAGAUGCCAAGAAGCCGGAUGACUGGAAUGAGGCAAUGGACGGGGUGUGGGAAGGGCCCCUGAUACCAAAUGUCAAGUACAAGGGAGAAUGGAAGCCUCGGAUCAUUGACAAUCCCAAUUACCAGGGGGAGUGGAUUCACCCAGAGAUAGACAACCCCAAAUACAGGCCUGACCCCACCAUUUGUCACUACCAUAAUAUCAGCGUCCUGGGCCUGGAUCUUUGGCAGGUGAAAUCAGGCAGCAUCUUUGACAAUUUCCUUCUAACGAAUGAUGAAGAAUUUGCUGAAGAGGUUGGAAAUAUGACCUGGGGAUUAAGAAAGGAUGUGGAGCAGCAGUGGAGAGAGCUGUAUGAGGAAAUGGAGAAACAGAAGGAGGCGGAAGAGGCCAAGAAAAAAAGGGAAAAGCAGCGAGCCAAGCAAGAAGACAUCUGGGGACUAGAUGAGGAGGAUGAGGAGGAAAAUGAAGAGGACGCUGAGGAGGAAGCAGAGGAAAGGCCCAAGCAGGAAGGCAGCGCCGAGAGGGCAUCACUGGAUCAAAAGGAAGCCCAUUUUGAGCAGAAGGAUGAACUGUAACUGCAGAGACAAUGGGUAUGGGAGAAGCAAGAGACGGUGCUUAGAAAGGGAAAUGGUCACAAGCUUAGCAAAUUAUGGGGAGUAAAACAACUCAGUCUUUAUAGAUAAACUUUGGAUUUAUAUUUCUACUCCCCUUCCCUGCUCUAUUUUGCUUAUUGGUAGAAAGGGAAUGAUAAUUUUAUCUCAGGAGGUGGCUGUAGGGACUGAAUGAGGUAAUGUGUGUAAAGUGCCCAAAGUAAAUACAUUAUAAAAAUGUAGUAGUUAAAACUACUGCCAUUAUCAUGGUGUUCAAUAAAUUAUUUGUCGGUAAUAAGCUUCUAUAUAAACUUGGUUCUUUCAUUUGAA